AUUAACCGGUGUGACUGUAACUGUGUGCUUCCGAGACGGUGUUGACCUGAAAGUACUCAGUGCGGAGUGUACGUCUUCAAAGGAACCGUCUGUAAUAACUGGAUACUGUACAAGUAAGAUAACUCAUUCAGGUGGACAAGGUGUGCAUUCACCGAUCGUAAGGAAUAUAACGAAUAUGCUGGAGACGAGGAUUUGCACGGCACUAUUAUUUUCUUUUUUCUAUCUAAUCGGAGAAGUUGCAGGUACGUAUCCCAGGGCGCAAAACGUCAGAUGGUCUUCAUCUAAUUUCAAGACACUACUGCAAUGGAGUCCCGAACCAACCAACUACUCGUACACGGUUGAAUUCUCUGUUGUUGGUAAAAAUCGAGAGAGGAACCCACACUGUAUCAGAUCAAGUAAGACAGAGUGUGAUUUGACCAGUAUGUUGACUGACUUGAAGGCGACGUACUCUGCUGAUGUUAUCUCCGAGCCCUUGCCGGGGCAGAGCUCUGACCUGCCAGAAUUCCCACACACCAGAUCGGACACGUUCUGCCCAUACAAAGACACUGACAUUGGAAGGCCUGAUUUCAGCAUAGAGGUGAACAAGGAGAAAGACAAUAUUACUCUUUACAUUAAGGAUCCUCCAUCUGCCAUUUAUAAGGAUGGCAAACAAUUAAACAUGCGGGACAUCUUUAUGAAUGACCUCAAGUACAGAGUCACAUACAGAAGAGCCACAAGCACUGGAAAGAAAACGGCAGACACAGACAGCAAUCAGAUUACGCUGAAGGUGGAUAAAGGCGAAAGCUACUGCUUCAACGUGGAGGCCUACAUCCCGACUCGCAGCCCAGGGAAGCAGCUGGGGGAGAUGAGCAUGACGAAGUGCUCCCAGGCCGGGGACAGGCCCUUCUACGAAGAGUACGGAAUUGGUACCAUCGUGUGCGCCAUCCUGAUCAUCAUCGUCGCCAUAGCCGUAGCCAUCACCGUGACCGUGGUGUGCUGCAAGCGGCGCGGCCGAGCCGGGAACAGAGGAAAGGAAGGAACGCCUUUGAACAGCGUGUAGACGUGUGGGGCCGCGGCACAGGAAAAACAUGGUACGGCUGCACUGGGUCAAGCCCUUCCAAAGGGAGGAGACAGUGCACCCACAACAUUCCUUUGUCAAACAUUGGAAUUCUGCACUGUUUCUGUGAAACAUUACAUGUUUGAUAUGUUACACAUAUAUUUUACUAACUGUUUCUGUUAUGUUAGUUUAAAAAAAAACAAAGCUGUAUCUGUACAUGCUGAGCAUAAUGGUGACUGGUACUUAUAAUGGGAGGCUAGAAAAACUGCUGUGAUUAUUUUUUCCCCAUACUUCUGUACUUAUUUGUUUUAGGCACAUACACUUUUCUAAACUUGUAAGUUGGGGUAAUCACUGGGAAAUACUAGUUGAUUUUUGGGAGAUUUGAAAACAAGAUUAUAGGGGAAAUGAAAAAUCGGUGUACUAUAUUUUUCUAGAUAUUCUGGUUGUAAUUUAUUCUUUGUCAUGUCUAACAGGGAACUUUUUGUAUAUUUUGGUAUUUUCUUAACAGGGUAUUUAUGGUUUAAGGUGUAUGGGAGCAAUAGAUUUUUAUUUUGUUUACAAAUACUAUGAUACUUAAUAUUUAAUAUGCGUGCACUGACAUGGUUAAAUAGAAGAUGGAAAUAAUAUCAGUGUAAUUAUAAAUGCUUAUGAAUGUUUAACUUUGUUCAUGUCUCAAGUGCAAAUUAUCUAAGGUGGAGUGACUGUCUAUUUAGUUCUAGACUAAGUUGACAAUUUGUGAUGCACAAAAAGUAAAAUCAAGUGUACAUUUUUAGUCAUGAAUUAAUUGUAAUUUUGAUCCAUGAUGAGCUGGUGCGUGUCCACCUUGAGUUUUCUUCAUAAAUGUUUGACAGUAUGGUGCAUUAUACUUUUUUAACAAUAAAUUUUAUUCACCAUUCUGCUUAUCUUUGCCA